GGUGGCGGGGAUGGUGCUGCCGCUGCCGGUAACGAGGCACGGAACUGGGCGUGCCCCGUGCUGGGAGCUCGCAGAGCUCUUCCACGCCUCGCAGUCCRCCUAAAACAGAAAAUAUCGAGGUGCCGGUGAGCCUGUGAGGUCUGUACCUGUGAAUCAGGAGGAUGGAGAUUGCCAUGGUGAACCUCCGGGGUCUGUACGAGCAGCUCACGCGCCAGGCCGAGCUUCUGAGUGAAGGCAACGAAUACCAGUUUAUUCAGUUAGCAAAGAACUUCGAGGAGUAUCAGAAGAAAUGGCAGAAAACGGAGCACGAGCUCAGCAGAUACAAAGAUCUCCUCAUGAAAACAGAAGCUGAGCGCAGUGCCCUGGACGUGAAGCUGAAACACGCCCGCAAUCAGGUGGACGUGGAGAUCAAACGGAGRCAAAAAGCAGAAAUGGACUGUGAGAAGCUGGAGAGGCAGAUCCAGCUGAUUCGGGAGCUGCUCAUGUGCGAUUCAUCYGGCAGCAUCCAGCUCAGCGAGGAGCAGAAAUCUGUCCUUGCCUUCCUCAACAGGCCACGGGCUUCUGUGGGAGCUUCAGGCAACAAAAGGCUGUCUACAAUAGAUGAAUCUGGCUCAAUUCUGUCAGACAUCAGCUUUGACAAGACCGAUGACUCACUGGACUGGGAUUCCUCGGUGGUGAAAGCUGUCAGGCUGAAGAGGAGAGAGAAGCGGCGCUCUUCCAGGCAGUUUGCUGAAGGYCCCCCAGGUCCUCAGAAGAAAUCCAGAUCCAUCAGCAACACAGCAGACCAGGGCAAUGAAUCCAUCGUAGCAAAGACCACUCUGAUGGUCCCCAAYGAUGGUGGCCCAAUUGAAGCCAUUUCUACCAUCCAGACCAUGCCUUAUCCUCGGAGGAGCAGGAGGAAGAGUGGACCUUUGCAGACUUGGAACAGYGAGUCCAGCAUAGGCAGCAAGCAGCUGGAGUCCAAGUCAGACACGGAUGGCUGCAGCACCCCGCAGCACAACGGGGGAGUCAGGCUGCACGACUUUGUUUCCAAGACGGUUAUCAAGCCAGAAUCGUGUGUUCCAUGUGGGAAAAGAGUGAAGUUUGGGAAGAUCUCUCUGAAGUGCCGAGACUGCCGGGUGGUCGCUCACCCYGAGUGCCGGGAGCGCUGCCCCCUCCCCUGCAUCCCAACACUGACGGGCACCCCGGUCCGGAUUGGAGAGGGCACCUUGAUGGAUUUUGUCCCUUCUACUCCUCCAAUGAUCCCUUCCAUCAUCGUGCACUGUGUUAACGAGAUUGAGCAACGAGGGCUGCAUGAGACAGGCCUUUACCGCAUCUCUGGCUGUGACAAGACUGUGAGGGAGCUGAAGGAGAAGUUUCUUAGGUCAAAGAACAUUCCUUUGCUCAGUAAAGUGGACGAUAUCCACGCCAUCUGYGGCCUCCUCAAGGACUUCCUGCGCAACCUGAAAGAGCCCCUCCUCACUUUCCGGUUAAACAAGACUUUCAUGGAAGCAGCAGAAAUCUCAGAUGAGGACAACAGCAUUGCUGCAAUGUACCAAGCAGUUGGAGAACUUCCUCAGGCCAAUAGGGACACCUUGGCUUUCCUCAUGGUCCACCUACAGAGGGUGGCUCAGAGCCCAGACACCAAAAUGGACAUCUCCAACUUGGCCAAAGUCUUCGGCCCCACAAUAGUGGCCCAYGCAGUCCCAGAUCCUGACCCCAUGACCCUCCUGCAGGACACCAAGCGUCAGCCCAAGGUCGUGGAGCGACUUCUGCUGCUGCCCAUGGACUACUGGAGCCAGCUGAUGAUGGUGGAGCAGGAGAACAUUAACCCAGCACAYGUAAUUGAGAACACCAAUGCCUAUUCCACCCCACGGACACCUGAGGUUCAAGUGAGCAUUCUGGGACCCCUCACCACCCCAGAGCAGCAGCAGCUCUCCAAGACGCCGUCGUCCAGCUCCCUGUCCCAGAGGAUGCGCUCCACWUUCAGCAAGACCACCCCCAAAUUUGGGAGCAAAAGCAAGUCAACAACCCAGCUUGGGCACCAGGGGAACUUCUUUGCCUCUCCUAUGCUGAAGUGAAGACCUGGCAGCUGGGCUUGUCCUGGCAUUUGCACACCAAUGCUCACAAGUACAAGAAACACAGGUUGUCUCCGUGGCCCCUGGCAGCUUAUAUUAAAUGAUGUUUUGCCUUUUAUCUUYCAGCUUAAUUGAGACUUUUAAUGGGAUUUUAUAAUGCAAUUUAUUUUUAUUAUCUAAUGCUCUGCUGAAYGUAGUAUUGGUGAAGACAGUAACGAGCAUGACUUGUUCAGUGUCAAUCACAUAACCCAUAACAUAUAAAAAUGAAUUAAAAAUAAUAUAAAAAUGUAUAAUUUUUUAUAAAUUAUGAACAUAUAAUUGAUAAAAACUCUAGAGAGCUGAUAUUUUUACUAACAUCUGGUUUUCUCCCUGUGAGAAGUAGAGCAGUCACAAAAUGAGUGUCCGUUGGUUGGGGUUUUUCGGACUCCGUGGGAUUUUCUUGACUCAGCAGUGUCUGAAUUUGGGCAGAAUCCAAGCUUUCCAUCAGCACAGUGUGUAAAUCCCACCUGGCUGGUGGUGCAGCUGCAAUCCUGAGGAUGGCAGUGUUGGAUUGGGCAAAAGYCUCUCUUUAACGAACUGCCCAAGGGACUGUGACUCCUAAACGC